CUUACCUGACUUGGCUAUUCUCCGGAACCUCUUUCCAGCAACUUCUACUAAUCAAGGAAACGACUACUUGAACGCUCUUGUAUCAACUUACUACACACCUCAUAACCAGUUUUGGGUUUGCUUCCGAAAUGUCGUCAACUCCACGCAAACAACAUCGAAAGACUCGAACAGGGUGUCGCACGUGCAAGAUCCGGCGUGUCAAGUGUGACGAGACGUUUCCAGCAUGUCGACGAUGUAUAAAGCUGGGUGGAAUCUGUGAUGGAUAUGGGGUCUGGGGCGGUGGAGGUGCAAUCAAUCCAGACACAAAGUCUCCGCUACAGGCAUUCGCUAGCAAUUCCCUAAUGACUGCAGCAAACAAUCUCCGUGAUGGACCUACAUGGACGGGCCUACGUGUCUCCUCCGAGGAACAAAUUUAUCUUGAGUGGUUUAUCCACGGCACAGCAGCUAAACCGCCUCGGAUCUUCAACUCUCCAUUUUGGGAUCCUGCAAUCUUACAGGCUACAAUCCAUGAGCCAAUGAUACUACAGGCGCUACUUGCUCUGAGUGCUGCGCAUAAAAGACACGUACUGGACCCGGUCAAUCGUGCAAGAGAAGGGCUUGUGCCUGAUGGUCUCGAGGUUUUCCUUCUCAAGCACUAUGGAAGCGCAAUCAAGGGUCUGCAGAACCAUCUAGAUGGUGGCGCAAAAAUACCAAAGGCGAAAUGGUUUGCCGCGGUGACUAUGUGCGCCAUUUUCGUGCUGUUUGAGUUGAUGCGCGGGCGCUUCGAGGAAGCUUGUGUACAUCUCAAGACCGGAGCACAUAUCGCAAAGCAAUUUACCAGAGAGCCUGGCCAGCCGGAUCUAAGUCCGCAACUCGUUCAGUUCUUCAUUCGACUGCCAGAUCAGAUGAUACAAUUCCGGCGUCGGUUGCCAAACCAACAAACUACCCCGGUUCACUCGUCCACUUCACCCAUCGUCAAGCUCCGCUUCGCCUCACCUGCAGAAGCUGGGCACUACUUAGACGAUCUCAUCGAACAGUUGGCCUACUUGGCGCAGCAAACGAGGCAGAUGCCGCGUUCCGCGACAGCGGCCCACGCAGUGCACCACGAUGUAUGCCGUUAUCUGCUUUCAUGCUUUGAGUCGUGGCUGAAUGCCUGCAAUGCGACCACAGCAGAACGUCGCCUGAUCCUUACGCCAAGUGACGCGGCCGCAUACAAAGCACUGCGUCAGCGUUACAAAGUAUCGAAAAGCAUUGCAGAGAAGUGCAUCGGAUCAAACGUCGCUGUCGAAGCUCAGGUGUUACAGUAGUUGAAAGCGGGUAUUUAUAGCUCUUGAUCUGGCAGGAUACACGGGCAAGCGGUCCUCCUUGCUUAUAUCCGGGUCACUUCAGUUGAAGGAGCCAGAUUUCUAUUGUUGCAUCAACCUCACCUAAACAAGGAGCUCGAAGUUGCAAAGUCAAAAUUUCGUGGAGACACCAAUGGGUCACC